AUGGGUACUGUGGAUGUGAAAAGAGACUAUUACGCUGAUUUAGGUCUCACCCCUGAGGCAGAUGAUCUUCUAGAAAGACAAGCUGACGCAUACAAGCUCUUCAAUACCACCCCGAUCGGCAUCCAGGUAAUUCAAGGAGCCUAUGAGAUUCUCAGUGACCGGGGUACGCGCCUAAAGCCCUUUCGCAAUGGUGUCUUUACAGGGUCCUCGUCCUUUGCUUUUGCAGGCACUACAGGAAGGCAGUCAGCACACAAGAUAGGCAAUCGACGGCAGGGCCGAGCCAAUGCAAGCGCAAGUUUCGGAAAAAUGAAAGAUAAUACGACACCAUUUGAUAAAUCGCAGAAAAAGGCAGGUUAUUUUGGGACUGUACCCAACUCGUACAAUACCACCCGCGGGAGGCCAACCAAACCAACAUUCACUGACAGAAAUGAAAGGUCUACUGGUACACAACCUACGCCUGGUGGGAGGGGGAAAAGUAAAGGGUUCAAGCCGCAUGUUGCAGGCGGCGAUGAACCCAUGGCGACGAACGCCUCUUACACACAGUCGACCCGUUCUGAAGGGCAGCGCUCGUCAACUGAUUCUCCAGCUGGAGCCAAAUGUACAUCACGCUCCCAGAAUUCGAGCGAGGACUCAAGUUCCCUAAAAUCCGGAGGAGCAAGUAGCGCUUAUGCUUCCAGAGGAGGAAAAAAUGAUUUUUCCUCGACCGGUUCCCUCGGCCAUGGUACUAAUCCGCCUUCGGCUUUUAAGCCUCCUCAUACUGGCAAUAAGCCUGUCCAGGGACCCUCUUUCUCUGAAUCAGCUAGCCAAAAGACGUCUUACCAGAGCGAUCCAGCUCGUAAAAUGUCCGAUAUGGCCGGAGCAGAGGCUACCUCGCAAACUUGCUUGAAUAAAGACACUUUGCCGAGCCAGUCUCACAGAACAGACGCGAUUCCAGAGCGGGAGCUAAAAGGCAAAGGACGGAUCAUCCCGCAGCCAGCAAGCGUCACUACAGAAGAUGAAGACGCUGAACCGCUUGUGGGUAGAUCGGGAAAGGAAAAGGCCACAGCUGUCGGAAGCAUAGAUGAUCAGCAAUCUAGCAUGGAAGACAUCUGGUCAGAGCAUCUGGGGUCGACAAAAAAGCCCACCUCUGUCAAAAAUAGCACGAAAGACAGAAGCCCACCAGUAGCAUCCCAAAGGACCACAAGGCCGAGAUUAGAAGAUGAGCCGAUGAAUGCACCUCAAGCUGGAAUGACAGGGGCCUUAUCAUCUGCACUGGUUCAGGAUAGUGAACUUGCAAACAUUCAGUUUUUCUGCACAGUUUUUCAGUUCAGAGCGUCUACCAGGAUUCUCAGCGCAACGUUGAACCGCAUCCUUUCCCGCGAACUCAAUUGUCCAAAAAAACAAGUGUUGCCUCAGCCACCGCAAUACGUCCCAAUCAACACAAAUCCCCAAGGACUUGGGACAUGUGCAAUGCGUGAUAAGUAUCUUGUAGAAAUGAACGCCUACUUGAAAGACUGGAACAGAUUUCAGCGCCAGAUAAACAUCGAGAUUGCUGUUCUGAGGGUGAGAGCGGCGAUCGAUCUCAAAGUUGCGGCCUUGAAAACAACCUGGUCCAAAAGUUCUGGGUAG